AGUAGAGGUUACGUGUCCAUUUAGUAAACAAAGAUGCAUUAUGAUGACUUUGCCGGAUUGAAUUUUCAUUUUUCAAAUGGAUUUAACUCAGUUUGAAGUAAAAGGGGUUCCUCCAACAGUUUAUUAUAUCCCCAACUUCAUUACGAACGAUGAAGAAGCAUUCUUGUUGAAAAAUAUUUAUUCAGUUCCGAAACCUAAAUGGACCUGUUUAUCCAAUAGAAGACUUCAAGAUUAUGGUGGUAUACCUCACGAAAAAGGAAUGAUUCCAGAAAAAAUUCCUACUUGGCUUCAGACGUACAUGCAUAAAGUAGAUAACCUUCACAUCUUUAAUGAUAAGAAAUCAAAUCAAGUACUCAUCAAUGAAUAUUUACCAGGCCAAGGUAUCAUGCCACAUUCCGAUGGACCACUUUUCUAUCCUACGAUAGCCACAAUAACGUGUGGUUCGCAUACUGUGUUGGAGUUUAUGGAAAAUGAUGAGAAACGUGUGAAUGUUUGCAAUAUAUUAUUGGAGAGAUGUAGCCUUGUGAUAAUUAAAGAAGAUAUGUAUUUUAAGUAUUUACAUUCCAUAUCAGAAAGAGAAGUAGACAACAUUGGAAGCUGUUCCAAUAUUACUCCUGCUGAUAAACUGGAACUGAAGAGGUCAACGAGAGUAUCUGUUACCAUAAGAAAUGUUCCUAAAGUUUUAAAAAUUAAAUUCUGGUAAUUGA